AUGUUUCUGAAUCAAACUACUUACUCAGUUGGCAAUACUCCAUUUUCAGUAGCAGUCGUCGAUGUGAAUAGCGACAGUAAACCCGAUCUUGUUGUUGCAAACGGUGGCUCGAGCAACAUCGGCGUUCUUCUCAACACAGGCAACGGCACCUUUAAAGCUCAAACUACUUACGCAGUUGGUACUAACCCAUGGUCAGUAGCAGUCGCCGAUGUGAAUAGCGACAAUAAACCCGAUCUUGUUGUUGCAAACAAGGGUUCGGCCACCGUCGGUGUUCUUCUCAACACAGGCAAUGGCACCUUUAAAGCUCAAACUACUUACGCAGUUGGUAGUAGUCCAUAUUCAGUAGCAAUCGUCGAUGUGAAUAGCGACAAUAAGCCCGAUAUUGUUGUUGCAAACUAUGAUUCAGCCACCGUCGGUGUUCUUCUCAACACAGGCAAUGGCACCUUUAAAGUUCAAACUACUUACGCAGUUGGCAAUACUCCAUUUUCAGUAGCAAUCGUCGAUGUGAAUAGCGACAAUAAACCUGAUAUUACUGUGGUAAACAGUGAUCCGAAUACCGUCGGCGUUCUUCUCAACACAGGCAAUGGCAUUUUUAAUGCUCAAACUACUUACGCAGUUGGUACUAACCCACGGUCAGUAGCAGUCGUCGAUGUGAAUAGCGACAAUAAGCCCGAUCUUGUUGUUGCAAACGCUGGUUCGAGCAACAUCGGCGUUCUUCUCAACACAGGCAAUGGCACCUUUAAUGCUCAAAUUACUUACGCAGUUGGUAGUAGUCCAUAUUCAGUAGCAGUCGUCGAUGUGAAUAGCGAUAAUAAACCCGAUAUUGUUGUUGCAAACGAGGGUUCGGUCACCGUCGGUGUUCUUCUCAACACAGGCAAUGGCACCUUUAAUGCUCAAAUUACUUACGCAGUUGGUAAUGGCCCAUAUUCAGUAGCAGUCGUCGAUGUGAAUAGCGACAAUAAACCCGAUAUUGUUGUUGCAAACUAUAGUUCGAACACCACCAGUGUUCUCUUACAUUGCUGA